UCAACGGAAAGAGCCAAUGACGGCACAGUUGAUCAGAGUGCCCUGAUGAUCAGUGUAGCCCCAUCAGUGCCACCUGUCAGUGUCCAUCAAUGCCGCCUGUCAGUCCCCAUCAAUGCCACCUGCCAGUGCCCAUCAGUGCCACAUAAAUUUCACAUAUUAGUGCCUAACAGUGCACAUCAAUGCCACAUAUCAGUGCCCAUCUGAGCUGCCUUUCAGUGCCACCUAUCAGUGCCAGUCAGUGCCACCUAUCAGUGCCAGUCAGUGUCGCCUAUCAGUGCCAGUCAAUGUUGCAUGACCGCACAAUUGUCAUUCAAAGUGUGACAGCACUAA